AUGACCCACACGUUUCCAACCCGCCACGUUCCACAUCGCCACGUGAUAUCGGCCGAUCAAUCGCGAUCGUAUUUCUUACUUUUACACUAUGUGCAGAUUGUGGCGGCUGUGGUUUGUAUCAGCCUCUUCUGGGCCGAGACGGCUGCCGGGGAGGAUUCGUGGGAAGAUCAGUGGCGCGGGGGAUGUGAGGGGAAAAAAGGAAAAAGGGAAAAGGAGGUGGACGGGUGGGGGGGGAAAGAAGAAGGAAAAAAGAAGCGGGAGAGAAAAAAGAUAGAAAAGGAAAAUAGAAAAGAGAUGAACCGAGGUAAAGAUUGUCAAAAUCUCCAGAUAGACUAG